CGCCUUCCCACUUCUCAUCACUCUCACACUUGCAGGCCAACACAGCCCAACAUCAAUCGCACUCUCUUAUCUCUUGAAUUCUGAUAUAUUAACGUAAGUAGUAGGGGAAAGGGAGCUAGGCAUGGCCAAGGACAUGGAGGCCGUCGGCGGGUCGGGAGAGUUUCGGCCAAAGGACUACCACGACCCGCCUCCUGCGCCGUUGGUGGACGCGGAGGAGUUCAUACAAUGGUCCUUCUACAGGGCCAUCAUUGCCGAGUUCAUCGCCACGCUUCUGUUCCUUUACAUCACCGUGCUGACGGUGAUCGGGUACAAGAGCCAGACCGACCCGAACCUGGGCGCGGACCAGUGUGGCGGUGUCGGCAUUCUCGGGAUUGCAUGGGCCUUCGGGGGCAUGAUCUUCAUCCUCGUCUACUGCACUGCUGGGAUUUCCGGUGGGCACAUAAACCCCGCGGUGACAUUCGGGCUGUUCUUGGCACGGAAGGUGUCCCUGCCACGCGCCGUCCUCUACAUGGUGGCUCAGUGCCUUGGGGCAAUCUGCGGGUGUGGCCUCGUGAAGGCCUUCCAGAGGGCCUACUACAACCGGUAUGGAGGUGGCGCCAACGAGCUUGCUGAUGGUUACAGCAAGGGCACAGGUCUUGGGGCAGAGAUCAUCGGCACCUUCGUCCUCGUUUACACCGUGUUUUCCGCCACCGACCCCAAGCGCAGCGCUAGGGACUCCCACGUUCCUGUGCUCGCCCCGCUACCAAUUGGUUUUGCUGUGUUCAUGGUCCACCUGGCCACUAUCCCGAUCACCGGUACUGGAAUCAACCCCGCCCGGAGCUUCGGGGCAGCGGUGAUUUACAACAGGGAGAAGGCAUGGGAUGACCAAUGGAUUUUCUGGGUCGGACCCUUCAUCGGAGCGGCCGUAGCGGCCUUCUACCACCAGUACAUCCUGAGAGCCGCCGCAGCCAAGGCCCUGGGCUCCUUCAGGAGCUCUGCCUCCAUGUAAAACUGAAAGCAAGUCAAUUCCACCAAGGAGAAGAAGUGUGGAAAAUCUGUGAAUUGGGCAUGUCAGCAAAGAGAGAGUUGGAGAAGACUAAAUGGAAGUCGUAAAGCUUUUUUUUUUUUUUUUUUUUUUUUUCUUUUGGGUUCUUUUUCGAAUUUUUGUUAAGUAUCAUAUGUCAAUGAAUGUACGCGAUGAGGAUGAAGGUGUACGUCUGUUGUCGUGUCGGAGUCUCUUGGUUUGUAGCUAGGCACUGGUUUUAUUACGGGCCUCAUGCUAUAUUUCUCUGUCAAUCUUAUCUAUCUACCAUGCGUUUGUUUUUCUUUCCAACUUUUCUUAAUUGUUGAAUUAAUUUGUGUUUUGUCGA